UUAUUUAUUUAAUAAUAAUAAUAUUAAUGUAAUAAUGUCUUUAAAGAAGUGUGACUGGUAUCGGCGUUUUUAAAAGUACUAGGUAUCGAAUCGAAAUGUAAAUGAGUGUUAUCGCCCAUCCCUUAUGGUGUAUGGUGUGUAUGGUUUCCCUGUUUCUCCUCAUCCUCCUCCUCCUCCUCCUCCUUCUCCUCCUCCUUCUUCUCCGCAUCUCAUUAUCCUCCAGAGCGUCUCUAGGUGAUUUAGCGCCGCCAGUCUGGAGCAGGUGUUCAACAUGGCGAGCUUGGCGAGCGGAUCUCUCUCUCUCACACUCUUCUUCACCUGUCUCGUUUUUACAGCUUUUCUGCCUGAAGGAGCUACCCAGAUAAUAACAGCACAGGGUCAGAACCUGGUGACGGCAAACGUGUCAGUGGUCGAGGGUGAAACGGCCAUUAUCAGCUGCCGAGUGAAGAACAACGACGACUCGGUCAUCCAACUCCUCAACCCUAACAGACAGACCAUUUACUUCCGUGAUGUCAGACCUCUUAAGGACAGCCGUUUUCAGCUGGUUAACUUCUCGGACAAUGAGCUGCGCGUCUCCUUGUCCAACGUGACACUCAUGGAUGAGGGAAGAUACGUGUGCCAGCUCUACACAGACCCCCCGCAGGAAGCCUAUGCUGACAUCACUGUCCUGGUUCCACCAGGCAACCUAAUCAUCGAGUCACGUGAGAAUGUGGUGAGCGAAGGCAAUGAGACCGAGAUAACCUGCACGGCCAUGGGCAGUAAGCCCGCCUCCAGCAUCUUCUGGAUGAAAGGAGAUCAGAUCCUACAAGGUGAGGAAACAGUGGAGGAGACGUAUGACAGGAUGUUCACCGUUACUAGCCGGCUCAGGCUCACCGUCUCCAAGGAGGACGAUGGAGUGCCCGUCAUCUGCAUCGCUGACCAUCCAGCUGUGAAGGACUUCCAAACCCAGAAAUACCUGGAAGUGCAAUACAAGCCAGAGGUAAAGAUUGUUGUGGAGUUUCCAGAUGGCCUGACAAGAGAAGGGGAAAACCUCGAGCUAAGCUGCAUGGCGAAGGGCAAACCUCAACCUCAUCAAAUUAACUGGUUCAAAGUAGAUGAUGAUGUUCCCUCCCACGCCGUGAUUACAGGCUCCGAUCUCCUCAUUGAGAACCUCAACAAGUCCUACAAUGGAACCUACCGCUGUGUGGCAUCUAACUUAGUGGGAGAAUCGUACGAUGACUACAUCCUCUAUGUCUAUGAUAUUCUCACCACAACCCCCCCACCCACUACUACCAUCAUCCAAGAUUCGAGAGCAGAUGCGGCAGCACAGAAAAUAGAUCACGCUGUCAUCGGCGGAGUCGUCGCUGUAGUCGUAUUCGCCAUGCUCUGUUUGCUCAUCGUCCUGGGGCGCUACUUUGCCAGACAUAAAGGAACUUAUUUUACGCACGAGGCCAAAGGAGCAGACGAUGCAGCGGAUGCCGAUACAGCCAUCAUCAACGCCGAGGGAGGGCAAACCAACACGGAUGACAAGAAGGAAUAUUAUAUCUAACUCUGACUUUGUUAGCAUCUCUCCUGUAUCUCUGCUGGACGAGAAGCAAAAGUUCUGUCUGGUUUGGAAGGAAAGGGGGAGGGAGUGGGGGAGGAAAGGGGUGGGCAAGUGAGGCUGUGUGGGGGUUUAUAGUUAUCAGACUGGAUUUAGUGAUUUAACCAACAGGAGAGAAAAGAAAGCAAGAGCAUCUCUGCCAUCGAGACUGAAGAGGUGUAGGAUGGAGGAACUCAAACAGAGCUCACGUUUUUGGUUUUCUUUGUUUUUGUUUUUAUUUUAUUUUACAAAAAAAAAAAAAAAAAAAGCUUCACUAUCCGACACCUCCCAACAACUCCUGCUGGUGCAAAUUUUGUUCAUUUUUUUAAUUUUUUUUAAACAUUUGUGAAAAAAGAAAAAAUAUAUAUUUGUGCCUUGUUCUAUUUAUUUUUUAAAGCACCUACUUCUUGUUCCUGCACCCACGACUUGCCAGCAUACUGCUGGCUGUCUUAGCGGGCCCAAUCAGACCACGUUUCUCUGACGCCCGCACACCCAACACAUACUCCAGCACUCACGCUGUUCCGCCAGCCAAGCAGAACAAACGGCAUUCGUGCUAAUACAAAUGACGACAUUCAGCCACACGAGAACUGUUUACAUCUUUUUAAUGGGUCGGUUCCAAGCGAUUUAUCAGUUGUUCAUUUUCUCCACCCGACCCCCCACCCCACCCCAAAACCCCUACCUACAUGUUAGGUUUUAAGGUGUGUGACAUUGCUUGUGACAGAUCCCAAGCUGAAACCUGUUGCAGCUCUUUUUGUGCUCUUACAUUAUUUAAUAGCUCUUCUGUAUGUACCGAUAACUUGCUUGUGCUAGUAUUCAUUUAUUUCCGCCGUGUCGUAAAUGCCCACAGAGUGGUUUAAUGAUAAUUGCAAUUGUGCAUUAAAAAUGAAUGUCAAAGCAAAUAGUGAACUAGCCAUGGGUACAGAGGCUCUAUAAUGCCGGGGAAGCCCCUUAUAGUGAAAGACAUGCCGAGGUGCCAAUAUUGCUUUAAAAAAUAAAAUUAGCAGGCAGAAAAUAAAUUUUAACAUCUCAAGUGAAUGUUCAUGUUCCCAGUGUACAUCAGAUGGCAGGAUAAUAUUUAGAUGUGUGCCAAGCAAUCAUGGCCUUCUGUGGGGCAACACAAAGCAUCCACCAUGUUGUCUGGAAAUCUUGAUUCCAAUUCUGACUAUGGCACAACCAUCUGUCACUAGGAAUCCAAGACAUAAAAUAUGGCUGUGUUCUCUGGGUGGGAGGGAUGGCAUACUCUCUUUCCCUUGUCAAUCGAAGUGGCACUACCCAAUCAUGUGCAUCUCUGAGCUCAUUACGUGGAAGAGUUUCAAGCGGUUCAGAAUGCCACAAUAGGUUAGCUUCACAUGUCACAUGUUUUAGCUUGAAUCCUUUACAAUACAAUUGCUAGCUGUUGUAUAAUAGGAAGAUGGGAAUUGGCUGGACCAAAUUAGAAAGAAAAUAGGAUGAAAAAAAUAGCCCUGUGUGAUCUAACUAAUAAGCAGCUAUUUCAUUGUUGUUUUUUCCAGAUAUAAAAGACCACCAUCUUGAUUUCUGUUGGCCAACACAGUCGAGGUUUGCAAAUUUACAAUACAAAGUUCACACAGAUAAAGUCAGCAUGAGGAGAAAGUAACAUUGUGCCUGUCUCAGGUGAAGUCUUUCAUGUUUCACAUCCUUUCCCCUUUGGUAAACUGACCUUUUCGUCCGCUGAUUUUUUUUUAUUCUCGUGUGGUCUGACCAUUGCUUUAUCUGAAAAAGCAGCAAAGCAUCGUUUUCAGGUAGCUCUCAUAUCACUGCAGUGAGAGGUCAAAAAUGCUCUGAUUACACUGCAAAUGUUGGCACCUCUGGACAUGCUUCAGACUACAAAGUGGCUCUAUUUGAUUGCCCACAUGUUGGCACCUGGUCUCAGUGCUGGAAACUGGUUAUUGCUAGUGGGUCAGCUAAUAUGUGCUCUCUAUGAACAAAUAUACAUGAUAAAUUAAAAAUUCUGUCUGUA